AAUCCCUCUAGUCCCUACUCAUCAUCUUCAUCUACGGUUAUGGUGGGUCUGGAUCUGGGUCUGACCUGGACGACCCGGGAACCCAUGAUCCGGCAGCUUACAGAAUGUCUCAUAGAUGACACAUCAUCCGACGGUCGGGAAAGCCCGGAAUGCGAAGCACCUGCUCAUAUGCGGUGGCCCUGCACCUCCCUUUGUCGUUAUCUGUCUCUUCCCCAUCUUCCAACACACUUAAUUUAAUUCGGACGCCAACACAUUCUAUAUAGCUUUGCCUUGCUUUUCGGUCUCUCUCUUUCUGACCCAAAUCUAUGCUGUAUCUUCCUCUUCUCUCUCUACUUAUGAGAGAGCGGACCCCAAAGCGCUCUGAAAUCCAGCGGGGAAAUCACUUGGGGGGCUUGAGCAAUUUUUUUUUAUGCCUCACCGCCGUGCCCAACACUGCAGAUGUUUUUUUAGCCGAGCUCUGCAGUUUGGAUCUGUAAGCUGGAGCCUGGAGUGGUGCGGUUCAGCAUUGCUCAACCUCAGGUUGGAAACUUGAUUAUCUAGUAUUUAAUUUAAACUAGGGGAUACUGCUUUGCGGUCUUGUUAGAAGGCACUUUCUCAGAAGUCAUCUUCAUUCAAACUGGGUGGACAUGAAAGAGUCAAGCAUGGGACAAUAGUUUGUACUCAUAUGUAAGAUGGCUAGCACCGACACUGAGAUGGCACAGGAUUGCAAUCAGAGCAUGGUAGUGACAGAGUCGGGGAGAGAGAAGAGCAUAGAUUCAGUUGUACCUAUAAGUGGGAGUCUUAGUACAAGCAGCAUUAUUGAUGUGGGUUUCAAGAGCAGCCUAAGCAGCACCAUUACUGGUUCUAGUAGUGUUAAAAGCAGCUUUAGUGGUAAAGUAAGUGAUGGCAUGGGUAAGGCAACUUUCGAGCAUAAACCUGCUGAUUGUUUGAAGAAUGAGAGGGUUGAAUGUAGUGAAAGUGGGAAGAGCAGUAUGAGCUUGGCCAGCAGCAGUAUUAGUGAUGGCACCGAGAGCAUCUGUAGUAGUUUUAGCACUCUCCUUAACAAACCACACAAAGCUAAUGAUCCACGGUGGGAAGCUAUUCAGUAUAUUAAAGCUAGAGAUGGUGAUUUGGGUUUAAGUCAUUUCAGACUUCUUAAGCGCUUGGGAUGUGGUGAUAUUGGAAAUGUAUACUUAGCAGAGUUAAGGGGAACCAAAUGCUUUUUUGCGAUGAAAGUAAUGGAUAAAGGAUCACUGGAAAGCAGGAAGAAAUUGCUUAGAGCACAGACAGAGAGGGAGAUUCUAUCAUGUUUGGACCAUCCUUUCUUACCAACUCUGUAUACACAUUUUGAGACAGAAAAAUUCUCAUGCCUGGUUAUGGAGUUUUGCAGUGGAGGAGAUCUCCAUACACUUCGUCAGCGACAGCCUGGCAAACACUUUUCUGAAUCUGCUGCGCGGUUUUAUGCAUCAGAGGUCCUGCUUGCCCUGGAGUACUUGCACAUGUUGGGAAUUGUCUAUAGAGACUUGAAACCUGAAAAUGUUCUGGUGAGAGAGGAUGGGCAUAUCAUGCUUCUAGACUUUGAUUUAUCAUUAAGGUGUUUUGUGAGUCCUACACUUGUUAAGUCGGCAUCUUCAAAUGUUGAUCCUUCAAGGAGGACCCCUGUAUACUGUGUUCAGCCCUCCUGUGAGCCUGCAUGUGUGACACCAGUUUGUGCACGGCCACCUUGCAUUCAGCCUUCUUGUUUUCUGCCUCGUUUCUUACCUCAAAAAUCCAAGAAAACGCGAAAGCUAAAGAAUGAGAUUGCAAAUCAAGCAACAUUUCUUCCGGAGCUGAUUGCAGAGCCAACUAAUGCUCGCUCCAUGUCAUUUGUGGGCACCCAUGAAUAUCUGGCUCCAGAAAUAAUUAAAGGAGAGGGCCAUGGGAGUGCUGUGGACUGGUGGACGUUUGGGAUAUUUCUGUAUGAGCUGCUUCACGGGAAGACUCCAUUCAAGGGUGCAGGCAAUCGGGUAACAUUAAUUAAUGUUGUUGGUCAGCCAUUAAGGUUUCCUGAAAACCCAUCUGUUAGUUUUGCAGCCAAAGACUUGAUUAGGGGGCUGCUUGUGAAAGACCCACAACAUAGGUUAGCCUUUAAAAGAGGAGCUUCUGAAAUCAAACAGCAUCCCUUUUUUGAAGGUACAAAUUGGGCUCUCAUUCGCAGCAUGGUCCCUCCUGAAAUUCCAAAACCAGUAGAUCUUAACUUCUCAAUGAACAAAACUACCUCCUCGGCUGCCACUACAGAGAAGAAAGCUGAAGAUUCUGAUGCAAAUUCUUCUGGAUCCUAUGUUGAAUUUGAUUUUUUCUAGGUUGCAGGGUAGGAUUUGAACCUCUAUUGUCUAUUCGAUGUAUUUGAGUAAGUGCAUUCUUCUAUUUGAUAAUCUUUUUUGUAGCUCGGUUCACUAUUGAGUCAAUCAAACUUCCCAAACAAUUACAGCCAAUGCUCGUCUUGUUUCGUUUGUUCAA